AUGCGAACCAGCGUUUCCGCUCAACGUGUCCCACUCCCGCGCGUCCUGGCCACAGUCCUCUUGUCAUGGACGCUCUUGUUGCUGCAAGCAUCCCCGCAGCCCAUCCUCAGCAGCAGCAGCAAAUACGACGCGUCCACCAGCGACAAAUACAUCUUGCGUCAUCUAGCGGACAAUAGGAAAGACGCCGGCAACACCAAUAAUAACAACAAUAACGGCAACAACAACAACAGGGUGUCUGCUCUGUUACAUCACAGGUCGGCCUGGGCCAAACUCGGCGACGACCCCAGGGUUCCCCUCUUGCUCCAACGAGCAGCGAUGAGCGAGGACAAAACCCGUCGGCAGACACCCGGUCAGCGUCUCAGUGCCGUCGAUGCUAUUCUCAAUGACGAUGGGUACUUGCCGGCGACUUCUGGUGAUGGGCACUUUUUCAAGCGACAAAUGGGAGGUGCCAUCAGGGCCUGUGGGUCGCCGCUUUUGCUCAUCCUGGAGAAUACGUGCUUGACUGCGGAGGACUACGACUCGAAACGAAGCCUGACUGAAGAAGACGAAAGCUCGAACUACAUAAGUGAUCAAAGUGACUGGGAAGGGAACUCCAAAGGUUCAGCAUCAUCUGCCUCACUGUCAUCGUCGAAACCAUCCAAAAGGAAUCACAAUGACCUCGUGCAAGCUUGUUGCUACAAGGCUUGUUCCAUGUCCACUCUGCUCACCUAUUGUCAUCCUUUCUUCGACUGAUCGAAGGAUCUUACUUCAUUGGAGUUACCAUCACACACAGGACAAUGACUUCAUGGAAUACCGAUACAAUACUUCCGCCGUCAGUUAUUCGUAUUCUACUUAGAUGACGCUUCAUGACGAACACUUCACUUCUCCUAAAUGGAAGAGCUUUAUCUUCGCACAUUUCCCUGAAUAUUAUACAUCAGUAUUGCAUCCGAAUGGCAGAUAAAAGCAUUAAAUCAAUCGUCAGUGAACAAGGAAUUAAAGAAGGGUAUCGAAUAUUUGGAAUAUACAGUAAUAUUUAAUGAAUGAUUUUUAAAAACGGCAAUGCAUUAAAAAUAACUCUUCGCAACGACUACAGCAUAUUCGCACUUAUUCCGGCGUUUGAAAAUUGAACCAUCAUUUUUAAAAUCACACAUCCUUCAAAAUAGUUAACAGUAACGUAAUGUAAAUAUUACCUUUACAAAUGUUACCUCUAAAAUCGAAUCCCACACACUCUUCAUAACUCAGCUCCUAUAUAAAAAGAAUCCAAGAGAUGAAGUACAUUUGGAAGAAUAAGAUGGAAGAACUUCAAAUAAAUGAUCUCGUGUACGCUCUCCUCCGGGAUUCUUUUGCUUGUGAUUACAAAUUCAAGUAUCUCUCGACAAACAUACGGUCAAAUAGAAAAAAAGUUCGAGAGAUUUUCCUUUCGCCAAUCUUGGUAUAGUUUGUUGUGUUGUUCACCGUGAAAAAAAAAUACAAAUGCGUGUGCCAAGGAUUGGCUGAUGAUGACUAUACGAAAUGAAAGAGAAAAGUAUCUCUUCAAAAUUCGGAAGUGGAAAUAAAUACGAUGAGUAUUGCACGAAAUGAAA